AUGGGACAGUUGCAGCUCAACAAGCUGGAUCAAUAUUUCUCUUAUCCAGCACUGCAGCAGUACCACCUCAUAACCCACCAGCUGACCUGGUACGAGGCCCAGAACUACUGCAGAGUAAAGUACACGGACCUGGCCACCGUCAACAACAUGGACGACGAGAACUACCUGGUCAAGACGCUGGGCAGUCAUGUGACAUACAGCUGGAUCGGGCUCCAGAAGGGGUCGACUGACAGGUGGAUGUGGUCCGACGGCAGCGGCAAAGCUCAAUUCACCAAGUGGGCAGAGGGUGAACCAAAUAACGUGGGAGGCAAUGAAGGGUGCACUGAGAUGAAUGAGGAAAGCGAGUGGGUUGACAUACAGUGUGAAGACAGCAAACGUUUUAUGUGCUAUAAACGUGAGUGUCAGGAUGGCAAGGAAAGGUAUGUGUAUUACCUGAACAAAUAUACCUGGGCGAAGAGUCAGGAUAUAUGCAGAAAUAAGCACACUGACAUGGCCACUGUAAUGAACAACGCGGAUAAUUCAGCGGUUUCUGAUUUGGUCCAGAAGCGCUUGCCCGAUAGUAUAUGGAUCGGCCUGUUCAAAGAUAAAUGGAUGUGGUCCGAUGGAAGAGAAACCUCCUUCAGGUACUGGCUGCCAGACUCGCCUUAUCGGGGAAACUGUGCUUCUGUUGUAGUGUCACAGCAGGGGCGCUGGAUUGAAAAUGAAUGUACCCAGACAACCCCAUUCGUCUGUCAGGGUGAUCUCAAAGUAAAGAAGAUGGUAAUAAGGCUGAAGGUUCGCUCUGAUGUGGAUCCCAAUGACUCCACAGUCACCAGCGCACUCCUGAAAGAGUUGGAGAAGAGCCUGAGGCAUGAAAGUCUGACUGAUUUCAAACUGACCUGGCGAAAUGGCAAAAAUGGACUCAUCCUCCAACGUGAUGAGCAGUUGGAGGUUGCCUAA